AUGGCUGAUGCACAAUUCGACAGUGCGCUCGACCUGCUUCGGCGCCUCAACCCCCGCGACACCAAGCGUAACCUCCAGGCCAUUACAACCAUCAUCCCCGACCUGACCGAAGACCUCCUCUCCUCCGUCGACCAGCCGCUCGAAAUCCGCCGCUGCCCCAAGACCAAGCGUGACUACUUGCUCUGCGACUACAACCGGGAUGGAGACAGCUACCGCUCGCCUUGGAGCAAUGAAUUCGACCCCCCGCUUGAGGAUGGAACUGUCCCCAGCGAGCGGGUAAGAAAGCUUGAGGUUGCGGCUAACGAAGCCUUUGAUGUCUACCGGGACCUGUACUAUGAGGGCGGAGUUGGUAGCGUGUACUUUUGGGAUUUGGAUGAUGGGUUUGCUGGUGUUAUACUUUUGAAGAAGGGUGUCACACCGGGUGCUAAGAGUUCGGGAGAAUGGGACAGCAUCCACGUUUUCGAGGCUACCGAUCGUGCACGCAUGUCCCACUACAAGCUGACCAGCACGGUCAUUCUUCACCUUGCUAGUGAAAAUGACUCCCUCGGCGAGAUGGACCUUAGUGGAAACAUGACCCGUCAGGUGGAGGUUGACUUGCCCGUUGAGUCGGAUGCAAGCCAUGUUGCCAACGUCGGCAGACUGGUUGAGGAUAUGGAAUUGAAGAUGAGGAACUUGCUGCAGGAGGUCUACUUUGGAAAGGCCAAGGAUGUCGUUGGUGAACUUCGGAGUCUCGCACCCUUGUCGGAGACGAACCAAGAUAGAGCCAACCAUAUUGAGAUGAUCAAAUCUAUGCAAAGGUAA